CAUCUGUUAUGCAAAAGCGUGCACUCUUAAUAAAUGACCCUCUAAAUAAUUUUUCAAAAUCAGUUCCUUUCUGUAUGCUUUUCCUGUUGUUUAGCGCUAUCUGUAUGGGCAGCUGCUUGCACUAUUUUUCUCGCUGUAUUGCAUCUUUUCGUAUGUGAACUGGCAACCGAAUGAAACUGCAGCCGACGUGAUGGGUGGAAUUGCAGCUGCCAUGCAAAUUAUCAGCUUGGGUGGACAAAUUUAUGAAAUUAAGCGUGCAGUCUCAUUUGGUCAUACGGAAUAUAUUCCGGCUGAAUUACAGUUUGGCAUAUUUUUGUUAGUGUCACAGUGGACUGCUUUUGGCGCCCUCAUUGGAAAUUAUUACAUUGCUGUCGCAAACUUUGCCGCUCUUCUUGUAAACAUUGCGACAGUAUCCUUAUACUUCAUCUAUCCACCGCUUACUUGGCGAGUUCCUAUCAUUGGUGUUGGCCCACAACAGAAGAAGAAAGAAUAG